UUGUGGCUCCGGACUGGACAUGAUGACGGGCAGAGAGGGGCCCCCAGGAGCCCCCCGAAGUACAGGAUUUGGCAUCCAGGAGAUUUUGGGACUUAAUAAGGACCCACCGACCCCUCCCAGGGGCCACCUUGCCCCCAUCCCCCCAGGGGCCCAUCUACUGGCAGCCCGCUCUGGUUUGGGGCUCUUGGGGGCCACAGCCAUUCCCACAUUCUAUGGCCAACCGGCCCUAUUACUGGGGGACCCACAGGGGCCACACAGAAGUCCGGGGCCCGAGGAGGAGAGCCGGACCUGCAGCUCAGACUCUGAAGAGAUCUCUUCCACUGAUAGAAAAUUGAACAAAUCCCUCAACCAAAACAAGAAACGGAAGAAGAGGAGGCACAGGACAAUCUUCACCUCAUACCAGCUGGAGGAACUGGAAAAAGCCUUCAACGAGGCCCAUUAUCCUGAUGUGUAUGCCAGGGAGAUGCUAGCAAUGAAGACAGAACUCCCAGAGGAUCGGAUACAGGUUUGGUUCCAGAACAGACGUGCCAAAUGGCGGAAGCGGGAGAAGUGCUGGGGUCGAAGCAGCGUGAUGGCGGAAUAUGGUCUGUAUGGCGCCAUGGUGCGACACUCCAUCCCACUUCCAGAGUCCAUCUUGAAAUCUGCCAAAGACGGCAUUAUGGAGUCUUGUGCCCCCUGGCUGUUGGUUCAAGAUGGCCUGUCAAUGCCCAGACGAUUUUCUAAACCAGAAUACCAACAAUUCUUUGCAGGGAUGCACAAGAAGUCUCUAGAGGCAGCCGACCAGUCAGACCGAGAGGCACCAGCAAUAGCCAACGCCGAGGUGAAAGAAAGAAGAGAAGCCGAGCGCCCAGCUGCCAUCUCUGAGGAGGAACUAAGAGAAAACAGUAUUGCUGCCCUGCGCGCUCGAGCGCAGGAACACAGCGCCAAGGUCCUGCAACGUACAAACUGCGAAACACCAGUGAAAGAGGCAACUAGAGAGGAGGAACCCGACGGGCAGGCAGAGGAAGAAACCGGGGUUCAGGAAGACUCUAGUGUCUAAAAGAAAAUGACUUUGCUGGGGAUCCAAUUACCAGGAAAAAUGCUGGUUUCUUCUACAACAACUUCUCAGCCACGGACAAGGGCGCUUAUGCACAUCUGAACUUUGCCUAGCAAUGCAAAGCUGCAGGAGUCAGAAUAGAGCACUGGUGGAUUUUCUGCACACGUUGAGCAUGCCUAUAAUGGACAUACAUGUGUACGCUAAGCGUGUGCAGAAAAUGUGCUUUGAGGGUGUCUUUACACACAAGGAUACAUGACACCUGCCUGCAGCUUUAUCUGUCAGGAAGAGUCGAAUGAUUCCGUUUUUACAUACAAUGGACAGUUCAGCUCCUGUCUGCUGGAUGUCAGCCAUGUAAAUAUGUACAGACACUGAACGCCUGGUUAGGUUAACUGUGAUUGUUGUGAAAACUCUGUAAAAUAAACAUGUGUACAUAUUC